CGCGGGCGGAGUUAACAACCACUGAGAGGAGAAAUAGUGGAAAAGAUAGGCUAAUGUGGGCUACUGUAAAUAUCAAACCAUACUUGGCCGGCCAGUGUUUAGUGAGGACUAGGGAAUGGUUAUCAGCGUGCCUGGAAACGAUGCAACUUUAUAAUGUGCAGUAGUAGCUUUCAAAGUUUAGAGGCCAAGUUUACAGAAGAGAAGCUUGGACGUUGUAAACGCAGAAGACCGUCGUGAUGACGAAUGAGAAUCUGCGGCAGAAACAAUGUUUCCACUCUGCAUCCUAGGAUCAUCAAUUACGCGCGUGUGUAUACGUAUUAUUUCAAGAAUGUGUGUAAUACAAAAAGAAAAACCAGAGACUAGAGUGCGAGUACCCUAACGACUCUGUCCAAGUACACUCUAAAAUCAGUAAAAAUGCACGCAGUUACCAGCCUCUCAAUGGUCAGUCUGUUAAGUUUUGGCUACCUAUCCAUGGACUGGAUCAAGCCGAAUCAAGUGGAGGAGCACACUCAAAACGAUGCCUCUAUUACGUUUGAGSCWAAGCAACCACCACACAUUAUAUUCAUACUGACGGAUGACCAAGGCUUCAAUGACAUAGGUUAUCACAACCCGGACAUUCGGACUCCAACUCUGGACAAACUGGCCGCGGAGGGGGUGAAGCUGGAGAAUUACUAUGUUCAACCUAUCUGCACUCCGUCACGCAGUCAGUUGAUCACGGGCAGAUACCAGAUCCACACAGGYCUCCAGCACUCCAUCAUCCGGCCUCGACAGCCCAACUGCCUCCCCCUGGACAUGACCACACUCCCACAGCGGCUGCAGGAAGCRGGGUACGCUACUCACAUGGUGGGCAAAUGGCACCUUGGCUUCUACAGGAAGGAGUGUCUGCCCACGCGCCGAGGCUUCCACAGCUACUUUGGCUCUCUGACGGGCAGUGUGGACUACUACACGUAUGGCUCCUGUGACGGACCAGGCCUGUGUGGCUACGACCUCCAUGAGGGGGAGACCGUGGCCUGGGGCCGUGGAGGCAAGUUCUCCACCCACCUCUACACGCAGAGGGUACGCAAGAUCCUGUCCACUCACGACCCRUCCCGCCAGCCCCUSUUCAUGUUCCUCUCUCUCCAGGCUGUGCACACACCCCUGCAGUCGCCCAAGGCCUACAUCUACCCCUACCGCGGGAUGGGGAACGUAGCCAGAAGGAAGUACGCAGCCUUGGUGUCCAUCGUCGACGAGGCUGUACGMAAUGUCACCUACGCUCUGCGCAAGUACGGCUACUAYCGCAACAGUGUGCUCAUCUUCUCCACUGACAACGGUGCCCAGCCGUUCACUGGGGGGAGUAACUGGCCCCURCGGGGGCGUAAGGGGACCUACUGGGAGGGAGGGGUCCGUGGGGUGGGCUUCGUACACAGCCCCCUGCUGCGUCACAAGCGGAGGGUUUCCAAGGCCCUCCUGCACAUCACUGACUGGUACCCAACCCUGGUUGGUCUGGCUGGGGGUAACGUGUCACUGACUGAGGGUCUUGACGGCUACAAUGUAUGGCCAACCAUCAGUGAGGGCAGAGAGUCCCCACGCCUGGAGAUCCUCCAUAACAUUGACCCACUCCACCGGCGCUCUGGCCUGGCGUCUGCGUCUGGACAGGAGGCCCAGCAUGUGUGGGACACCUCGGUCCAAGCUGCCAUCCGGGUGGGGGACUGGAAGCUGCUGACAGGGGACCCGGGCCAUGGAGACUGGGUCCCACCACAGGUACUGGCCAACUUCCCAGGAAGCUGGUGGAACCUGGAGCGGAACACUGAGGSAACAGGGAAGUCUGUGUGGCUCUUCAACAUCACAGGAGACCCCUAUGAACGCAGUGACAUGGCUGUGCAGAGGCCUGAUGUGGUCAAGAAGCUGCUAGCACGUYUGGCCUACUACAACUGCACUGCCGUCCCUGUUAGGUUCCCCACCGAYGAUCCCCGGGCCAAUCCAGACCGCAACGGGGGGGCCUGGGUACCCUGGGUYGGGGGGGACGAGGACGAGCCGAAAUGGAACGGGGUCUAUAAGAAAGGGAGGAAUAAAAAGAAGAAGAAAUGCAAGCUGUGCAAACUGAGAUCCUUUUUCAAGAAACUGAAUACAAGGAUAAUGUCCAAUAGAAUAUGAGGUGGGAAAGUCAAUGACACUCAGUCACAAGUAGCCUAUACAUUUUACACUGCAAGAAUAAUCUGAGCCAGCAAACACUUUGUGUGUGUGUGACAAUGGAAAAUGAUGUUUACUAUACUGCAUCUCGUUGAGUGUGCUUUCAUAUGGUUUUUGGAUGUCGGACUAUUGGGUUCUAUUGUGUUUAUUACAUUUUCUAUUUGAUCCAUUUGUAGUGUGUAGCUAAGUGAAUUCAACAUGUUUAUGUUGACCUACUCACUCGGGGUUGUUUCAGCAGUAAUGACAUGAACUGACCUGUUUUUUUCUAUAUUUUUGAAAAUAUCUAAGUAAAGAAACAACUGUUCUAAUUAAACAGAAGCUAAUGGGUGAUUCCUCAUGAAAUUAGAACAACACAAGCCCAUGAUUUUGGSGAUUUUCAUAUCAUUUAAUCGAUAGAAGAGUCCUUUGGAGGAAGGAUUGUUGACGUGUAUUUGACAUUUGUAUCUUUUUGGCCUUACCUGGGCCUCUUUUUAAAGCUGUGAUCCGCGAUAGGCAAAACAGAGCCAUUGGCCGCCCCAAGCGCAUUCGUUUUGGUUUGAAGAAACUAGCGUCAAGAAUUGUGGUAAAAAAAAAAAUCGUUAGUACAUACUAUACUUUUCUAUCGCGCGUGCAAUGAUAUGCUGAGGGAAAAAACAGUGUUCGUUGUUUUAAAACAUCUUUGCUAUUGUAAUAUUGCAAAUGGACAAUGGACCGAUUGCAGCUUUAAGACUCGAAAAUGUUUUACAGCUUGCUCUGCAAAUAUGAGUAGUAUUUGGAGUUAAAUUAUAAUUGUCUUACAUUAAUUAAUGCAUUUUGKAAAAUAUAGACAUGUAAAAUGUACCAUUUUUGAUUUGGCWAAUKUUUCUAUUGUUGAACAUAAUAUGUUCAAUGGGMAUAUCUAAGUUCCAGAGUGGGAUCUUUUGCUCGUUUUAAAGUAAUGAUUCAUUUUAAAGAGCAAUAUGUGCAUGUUAGGCAGGUUUCCAUUUAAGUUUAUACUACAAAGCAAAAGCUAUGUCGCAAAAUAACACUGCAACAUGUGUAAUGGAAACUGCAGCUAUAGGAUAAAUGUCCUAAAGAUCAACAAAAUGUUUAUCCAUUCGACAGGGGUGGGUUUUUUCUUUUGUCUUUCUUUGUUUAUUGCGACAAAUGAUGUAACCUGUGUUUUUACGAAUAAAUGAUGAUUGCCGAAUAAUUUCGAAGGUACGUGGGGCAUGUGAUGUCAUCACAUAACUACAGUAUCUUCAGAAAUGAUUCAUCACACACUUUGACUAAAUGUUACAGCCUGAAUUAAAAAUUKAUAAAAUGUC